AUGUUACAAACACCAUCUCGAGCUUCUACCGCCUCCUCCUCCUCUUUCCAGCCCAUAUCACGCCAAAAUACCAUGUCUUCCUACGACGGCUCGCGCUCUGCGCGCCAGUCGAAGCGCUACUCGAUGUCAGCUCUCUACAUGUCGAUUUCUGCCAAUGAGGGAGAUCUACAGAUAGAAGAUGAGCUUGCCAAAGCACAAAAGGCGCUGCGUGAUCUCAAGUCUAAGAUUUCAUCACAGUCAAAGAAGAAUUUCGUUUUGGAAAAAGAUGUGCGCUAUCUAGAUUCCCGAAUUGCGUUGCUUAUCCAAAACCGUAUGGCCCUGGAAGAGCAAAACGAAGUUGCUAGCCAUCUCGAAGAUGCCCUUGAAAUGCAGCAGGGUGUCUUCCCUAACGACGACAAGACUCAGAAAUACGGAAACCUUUUGUUUCUGCUCCAAUCUGAACCUAGGCACAUUGCACAUCUCUGCAGGCUCGUCUCGAUGUCUGAGAUCGAUUCCCUGCUCCAGACUGUCAUGUUCACUAUUUACGGAAACCAAUACGAAAGUCGAGAGGAGCAUCUCUUGCUCACUAUGUUCCAGUCCGUCUUGACAUAUCAGUUCGACAACACACCAGACUACUCCUCCUUGCUCCGCGCUAAUACUCCCGUCUCUCGAAUGAUGACUACAUACACCCGAAGAGGUCCUGGUCAAAGUUUCCUCAAAGCUGUGCUCGCUGAUAGAAUCAAUGGUUUAAUCGAGCUGAAAGAUCUUGACUUGGAAAUCAACCCGCUCAAGGUCUACGAGCGAAUGAUUGAACAGAUCGAGGAGGAUACUGGCCAACUGCCUCCCCAUCUUCCCAAGGGAAUAACUGGCGAACAAGCCGCCGAGAACCCUCAGGUUCAGGCCAUCAUUGAGCCCCGCUUAACUAUGUUGACCGAGAUUGCUAAUGGCUUCUUGACCACCAUUAUUGAGGGCCUCGAGGAAGCGCCUUAUGGUAUCCGAUGGAUUUGCAAACAAAUCAGGAGCCUAACCAAGCGCAAAUACCCAGAUGCUAAUGACCAGGUCAUUUGUACCUUGAUCGGCGGAUUCUUCUUUUUGCGCUUCAUUAACCCUGCGAUCGUUACCCCGAAAUCUUACAUGCUUAUCGACGGAACCCCGGCCGAACGACCAAGACGAACUCUAACAUAUAUCGCUAAGAUGCUUCAGAACCUCGCGAACAAGCCAUCCUACGCCAAGGAGCCGUACAUGGCCAAGCUGCAGCCGUUCAUUCACCAGAACAAGGAUAGAAUCAAUAAGUUCAUGCUCGAUCUCUGCGAGGUCCAGGAUUUCUAUGAGAGCCUCGAGAUGGAUAAUUAUGUUGCCCUAUCAAAGAAGGAUCUCGAACUUGAGAUUACCCUCAAUGAAGUCUACGCCAUGCACUCGUUGCUUGACAAGCAUCAUGACGAGCUGUGCAAGGAUGACAAUUCGCAUCUUGCUAUCAUUAUGUCGGAAUUGGGAUCAUCACCCCCUCAGUUGCCACGAAAAGAGAACAGAGUCAUCAACUUGCCUUUGUUUAGUAGAUGGGAGUCAGCUAUCGGCGAUCUGACAGCAGCAUUGGAUAUCACGCAGGAGGAGGUUUAUUUCAUGGAAGCCAAGUCGAUUUUCGUACAAGUUAUGCGAUCGAUCCCAGCAACUAGCGGGGUAGCUAGAAGACCACUGCGACUAGAACGCAUUGCUGAUGCCGCAGCUACAAAUCGCAGUGACGCAGUAAUGGUUCGCAAAGGCAUCCGGGCCAUGGAACUGUUAUCCCAGCUUCAGGAAUUGCGCGUUAUCGACAAGGCCGAUCAAUUCAGCCUACUGCGGGACGAAGUUGAGCAGGAGCUUCAACAUCUCGGAUCACUCAAAGAGGGUGUUAUCACUGAGACCCAGAAGCUGCAAGAAGUUUACAAGACGAUCCGUGAUCAUAAUGUCUAUCUCAACGGACAACUCGAGACUUAUAAAAGCUACCUGCACAACGUUCGAUCACAGAGCGAGGGUACUAAGAGAAAGCAGCAGAAGCAGCAAGUCCUUGGUCCGUACAAGUUCACACACCAACAGCUUGAGAAGGAGGGCGUCAUCCAGAAGAGUAAUGUCCCCGACAACAGACGGGCGAACAUCUACUUCAACUUUACCAGUCCACUACCUGGAACAUUCGUCAUUUCAUUGCACUAUAAGGGUCGCAAUAGGGGUCUACUUGAAUUGGAUCUGAAGCUUGAUGAUCUGCUUGAGAUGCAAAAGGACAAUCAGGAUGACCUUGACCUGGAAUAUGUCCAGUUCAACGUGCCAAAGGUGCUGGCAUUGUUGAACAAACGCUUCGCAAGGAAGAAGGGCUGCCACAUAACUGUCCUAGGGAUGGCUGGUAGAAUUCGGCAGCCUGUUGAUGAGGCUGCGCUCGAGAAAUACAUUUCUGAGCAUGUCCCAACCAUCAAAACACCGAUUGACCUCAAACAGUUUGGUUUCGGUCAAUCCAAUCCUACAUACCAGAUUACUGCUUCAGAUGGCCAACGUUUUGUGAUGCGCAAGAAGCCACCUGGAAAGCUCCUUUCCAAGACAGCACACCAAGUAGAGCGUGAAUACCGCAUCAUGCAUGCUUUGGAGAACACUGAUGUUGCAGUGCCCAAAACGUACUGUCUAUGCGAGGAUGACGCUGUUAUUGGCACACCGUUCUAUAUCAUGGAAUUUCUCGACGGACGUAUCUUUGAAGACUUUACCAUGCCAGGCGUACAACCCGCCGAUCGUGAGGCUAUGUGGCGCGAUGCCGUGAUAACAUUGGCACGGUUCCAUGCAGUUGACUACAAGAAGGCCGGCCUAGAGAAGUUUGGCAAACCAUCGGGUUUCUAUUCACGACAGAUCAAGACGUGGGUGACUAUCUGUGGUAGCCAGGAGAAGGUCGUCGACAUUGAGACCAAGGAGCCUGUUGGGAAGCUCCCUCACUUUGAGGAAACGGUUCGCUUCUUCAAGAACGAGCGUCUACAACCUAAGGACCGGGCAACACUGGUACAUGGGGAUUACAAGAUUGAUAAUUUGGUAUUUCACAAGAGUGAACCAAGGGUCAUCGGAAUCUUGGAUUGGGAGAUGUCUACUGUUGGCCACCCGCUCUCCGACAUUUGCAACUUUCUUAUGAAUUUCUACUCGGCCAAAUCCCCUGGUGCGACUCCUUUUGAUGUAUCGGGAUUCCUUCCUGGCAAGACGCCUGGUCUUCCACCACCAGACAAGAUCCUGGAGUGGUACACAAAGGAGAGUGGAUACGAUCCCCGAUCUGAGGUUCCAUGGGGAAUGUCGUUCAGCAUCUGGAAACUGGCUGGAGAUUACCUGACUGGCCCUUUCAUGGCUGGCAACACCCGCCGGCGCAUCACGUUGCCGGAUCCUGAGGAGCGACGACCUUUACUGAGUAGGCUCAGUACAGGCGGCCCAGAGAACCGCGAUGCCCUGUAUAGUUGCAUGACAGACCCUCAUAGUCACUUACCUGUGUAUACCAACAUACACCGUAUUCGUCGCGACAUCAUCAGCGUUGUUGAGGACUAUUUGAGCCUCGCCCAGCUGCAGGAUCUGAGGAUUAAUGUUACAGUUGUGCGGCCGUUGGUUGAUAAGUUCUAUGGCCUCAACGACAUCUCCAUCAUCUACUGUUUGCUGGUAAACCGUGCUCAGUUUCUCGAAGAGCAGUCUCAUCUCAAUAACCGUCACAAUGUGAACUUCACACGUGCUACUCUAUGUGAGCUCAUAGCUACGCGCAUCCUGAGACGCUUUGGUGAAGUGCAUGAUGAUGGCCAUGACGGCCUUUUACUUCUGGCUCAUAUUCUAGUCGCUGGCUUUGAGCCAUUCCAGAAUGCCCCAGAAGAGAUUCGAGAGGAGGCAGAGCGCACCACCUCCUGGGUUGAUUACAAGACUCUGCCAUCUCUAGAGGUGGCUAUUGUCACUGAGAGCAAGCAUUUCUUGAGUUCAGCGACUUGCCAAAAGGUCGUCAACGCCAUAUACGAGGGUCGAAUUGUCUAUACCCCCUCGACAUUUUGGGACAUCAUCCCCGAUCAUUACAAGUUAAAGCCCAUCUCUAUUUAUGAUCCGCGCGAGUCCCCUCUUCUCAACCAAUAUCGACUGAUUGUCCCUCGAACCCGAAAUGUCCUCGAGUCGAUCCAAUUCGCCACGCUGCUCACUCUCUACGUUGCGGUUAUGGUUCUUAGAAGGAAAAACCGGUAUGGACCAACAGAAGCAGCUUUUUCUAUCUUUGCUUUUGGAUGGGGCUUGGAUCAAUUUGCUACUAUUUUAGCACAUGGCUGGAACGUCUAUACCCAGAACCUGUGGUCAUUCCUUGAUGUGGCCUUUGUUCUCAUCUACUGGGUAUAUCUUGUACUGCGGUUCUUGGGCUGGAAGCUUGGCGACGCGAACCUUGACGAACAAGCAUUUGAUGUGCUUGCACUCGCCGCUCCUGUCUUGGUUCCUCGACUUGCUUUCAAUCUGCUGAGCGACAAUCUCGUGUUCUUGUCCCUUAGGUCAAUGAUGGCGGACUUUUUCUUCCUCACAGCUCUAUCUGCCUGGUGUUUCUUGGGGUUUCUGCUGUCACUUCUGUGGCUCGGUGAGGGGGCACACCCUAUCCUAACAAUAUCGAAAUGGAUGAUCUAUAUCUGGUUUGGAUUGGAUGGAACAGGUAUUCAUCGAUCGACCGAGUUUCACUGGCUGCUAGGACCUAGUGUGAUGGUAGCCUUCGCUUUCCUCGGGAACACCCUCUUCCUUACCAUCCUUGUAUCGAUGCUUUCCAACACAUUCAGUAACAUUUCGUCAAACGCCAUAGCGGAGAUUAGUUUCCGCCGAGCAGUUCUGACACUUGAGGGCGUCAAGGCUGACGCUGUGUUCGCAUACCAACCCCCGUUCAACAUCCUCGCUGUAUUCCUAUUCAUCCCGCUUAAAUUCGUCGUGAGUCCGCGCUGGUUCCACAAGAUCCACGUCACGGCGGUCAAAAUCCUGAAUCUCCCUCUCCUACUCAUCAUCGCUGUUGCUGAGCGCCGUCUGCUCUGGCCUUCCCGUGAGAUCGAAGACCCAACCGAGAUCAAAGCUUCGCCCCCGACAAAGAGCCAGUUUUGGAAGAAGUGGCGGCUGACGGUUCACCGAGACCUUCGCGCCGUCUUUCAAGUGCCGCCGCCUGAUACUGUCCACGACGACAUCGCUGUCGAUGAUGAUCUCACGCAUCAUCUCAUCCGUCGACAGUUCACACGCAAUGCGACAAAUGAUAUAGAGCCCCGCAACCUACAUAACACCUCUAGGCCCGAUCCCGGAGCUCGACGGCCAUCGCGACGAGAUUCCAUGUUUCCAGGGAUCCCACCCCAGAAGCUUCGAGGUUCUUUCUCCGAGAAUGACAUGUUUGAGGGAACCACAGAUAGGCUGGCCAAUAUGGAAAAGGCGAUACGGCGUAUGGAAACGAUGCUAUCUCGCCUGGUUCCAUCUGUCGAGGACGCCAUCAGCGAUGAUGAGCUGGAGCAAAGUGGGACACUUAGGGGAGACAAUACUGCCGAGUCGUCAUUUAGAGGUUUAGCGGAUCGUGAUUCAUGA